UAGCAUCUAUUAACUUGAUAUUAUUUGAUUCCUAAGAUAAAAUCAAGGUAUUCCUCUCACUGUUGCCAACCUUGGCUUGGUUACUUAUAAAAUAGUUACACUCUUCCUUAUAUCUACUCCCCUCACUAACUACCCAGUCUCUAUCUGAUGUACUUACUCCACUUUUAUUAUUGAAAAUACCCCUUACUUAUUGAUUUAUUUCCUACUUAGAAGUUAAUCUUCCCAAUCUGUUUAAUAUGCUAUUCUUCUUACUGGAAUCCUUCAUAAUUCUACUACCUUUGUUAGGGAGUAUUGUUUUCAUGACUCUUGCUGAACGGAAAGUAAUGGCUUCUAUGCAACUAAGGGUAGGACCUAAUGUCGUAGGGUUUUACGGGAUUCUUCAACCUUUUGCUGAUGGGUUGAAACUUCUGUUUAAGGAAGCUGUAACCCCCAGUCACGCUAAUAAGGUAAUCUUCCUAAUUUCACCCUUCAUUACCCUGUCAUUAGCCAUUAUGGGUUGGGCAGUGAUUCCAUUUGCCAAGGGAACAGCCCUAGCGGAUCUCCAAAAAUCUAAGAAAAAAACACAUUAG